CUUUGCUCACGUGGUGCGGGGCAGGAAAAGAAGCGGCAGCUGAAGACGGAGCCCUCCCAACGAUCCGAUCGACUCGAACCUUCCUCACUGGAACCAAACCAGGUAACCUCCCCGGGUGCCGCUUCCGGAACCAUCCGGGCAUUUCAGUACACGAUGCGCAAGACGCCAGCACCCAAGUCCAUGAUCACCACAUGGGGCGGCAGGGUUUGUGGCGCUCGGCUGAGGGCCGUAAGCUGGUAAAAACCAGGUGCUUUGAGAGUAAACGGUGUCUGGUGCUGUCGUGACAGAGACGAGUGUAAAAAUGGCAUGAAACAAACGUGUCGUAACACCCAUCUGAGGUAUCCAUAUGUCAGCCAGUUCGCUGGAAAUCUACUGGAGACAACACACUCUCACUUUUACACCAUUAUUUACUUAGCUAAGGUGUGUCAUACACGAAAAAGUAGUUGAGACCUAUUGAAUACAAUUUCUCAGGUGAAAGACCGACUGCUCAUUCGUGACAAAUGUGGGGUUGAGGUACUGAGGCAACCCACGUCGUUGUGAACGCUGUAUUUUAUACAGUACGCUGGCGGGGAAGUGUCUUGCUUUGCAUAGAUGUGGGUUGCUCAGUUUGUACGAUGAAAGGUGUGUAAAUCUAGCUACAACCCAGCCCUUAAUUUUUGUCCUCUCUAGAGGACAUCUACUGGGACUAUUUCUACCACUUUCAAAUAAAACCACGUGUUCGGCCUGUGCUUCGGACCACAGACCACUGCCUAUGAAGAGUAUAACUACAUCUAGAAGGAGAAGCGGGUGGAAAAAAAGCGAAAUUUAUUUCCCUCAGAAACUUUUUCGCUUGCGCUUCCCUUCCGAGUUCCUCCUUCUUGAACAUGACAAGCGAGCGGGAAAAAAAAAAAAAAAAAAGCGAAGGACGGUUUCGAAAAGGGAAUGAAAAUAACAGUGCGGCACGUGAACGACACUAAUGUAUAUUGUUAUUCAUUAUUAGUUUUAUUUUAAGAGGAAUAAUGUGUGAAAAUAGCGAGGGGAAUGCGAAGUUCUGACGCAAAGCACAAUUCGACCAUUGUGUCGUGAACCGUUUAUGUUUUCGUGGUUCAUACAACGGCUAUAGUAAUAAUAUUAUACACAGUAUCACAUACUGAUAAUGAAAAUGAUGAUAGUAACAGUAAAAGCGGAAUUUGGAGCUGGGGAUGCGGUUCGUCCUUCGACUCGACGACCCCCAGCGGGUCGGGCACGCGCUGAACACACAACCACUGGGUGGGGCUCGAACCGCUUCCUACAACAACAAGUCUAGGUCCUUCUACGGAAAUGUGGAGGUCGAAGUCCGAACUAUACGGAUCUGAAGAGGUGAAGUGAAAAAGGAGAGGUGUAAGUAAACUUUAGGUGCACACCACCCGAGUUUCGGGGCGGGGAGCGGCGGGGUAUAUAAAAUAUAAACGACAGGAUCAUUUUCUCGAAACGCGGAGCUGCUGGGUCACCAGGUACUGAAGGUUGGCGCUGCUUUGGACACCGUACGAGGUGGGUAAGUUAAUGUAAACACUCUUCCACACAGCGGGACACACACAUGUUCACUGCCCGCCACACGGGACACGUUUCCUGGGCUCCGGAGCUCCGCACGAAACACGCUGGCUGCCGUAAUCCUUCGUAAACGUGCGCAUUGUUAUUUCACCGAUUGAGCUGAAUCAUGAAUGCUUUGUGUAUUUCCACUACUGCUUUUCUCUAUGAUCUUUCUUCUCCUCUCUAACUCUUUCGUUGCGGAGAAGAGCCCGCAUACGCGCUUCCCGCGAGCUACUUGAUCCGGAGGUGAGGCGAGUUUAGUAAAAAGCGCCGCGGUGGUGCGCGUUCAAAAAGUGCGCGCGUGCUUCUCAUGAAAUGAACACGUGCUUGAAACGCAGAUGGCCUGCUUCCAAAAAGAAAAGGCAGGGGGGGCAGUUUUCAUGAUUUCGUAUUCAUAGGUGUGAAUCAUUGUAGGCUACAGCAGCACGAAAGGCGUGGUCCUUCACAUGAUCUGUGUUUCAGAGAGGGGAAACACUGUAUCUUCUCUGCUCAGAGGCUGCGGGAUGUCGUUCGAUAAAGACAUUCGAGACAUCAUGAAGAUGAUGGGAAUGAGCAGCAGGAUGACCCCGGUGAAAGACGUUUACGAGGCCAGAAACACCGACCUGCUCAGUGUGGUGAGAAUCAAGAAGAAAACGUGGAAGAGCUUCUUCGGGAAAAUGUGGGCCUCCAACAUGAAGGAGGAUUACAGUGUCACGCAGUAUAAGCUGAAAGCACUUCUGCAGGACGGGGAUGCGGUUGACUUCGGCAGUGUAGCACACGAUGAUUUUGUCGAAAUCUCCCACGAGACUAAUCUCAGCGUUGAUUUGGAUGUCGGCGGCACGAUGUCGAAUGGCAUCGUGGAUGCGGGGGUGCAGAUUGGGGUGGACGUAAAGCGCUCAACAUCAAAUUUCAAACUGCAGCUGAAGUCCCAAAAGCUGCAUGAAAUUUUUGAUGGACUCGAGAGCAGGGGAAAGAAUGAGAAGCUAAUUCAGAGGCUGAGGGGUAGUUCCAGUGUGAGUCUGGGCUUUGUUUAUGAGGUCCUCAGAUCUCCUGGACCUCUCAGCCUUCACGCCAGUAUCAGGGGGGAAGGUAGCCUGCGGCUGAAACUCGCACACGUCUCCAAGGUGGAGGCCUCUGCCAGUGAAAUGGUGGACCAGAAGGUGACGUUGCCUUGCAACUCCACGGUGGCCUUCGCGGUGUUUCCACUUGACUUUGCAGAUUCCCGGAGCGGAACAGAAGAGAGAAGCCUCGUUUUGGGCUCCGAUGGUUAUGCUGACUGGGAGCUAACUGGCAACUUCAAGGUCACACAGGAGAAGUUGGAAGCAGAGUUCAGGGUCUUUGGAGAUUUGAGUGCUCCUGUGAAGAAGCAUGUCGGAGAGCUCAUGUUAAGGAUACUGUCUGGUCCUCAGACCCUGCAUCCUCUGGACUGGAUGCUGGAGGAAGGCUGUGUAGAUGAAGACAAUCUCAGCAGGGUGACAGAGGAGCUCCAGCCCACCGUCAAGGAGCUCAUGGCUGUCAUCGGACUUUUCCCUGCUGGGUCUGCAAAGGCCAAUGACCUCCUCAGACCUCUCAGUCUGCUGGUCGGUGCUUUGGCAGACCUGGAUGAGGAGGCUGUGGCCAUGAUCGGGGCUCUCGAGCCCAACGUCUUACAAGAGCUGUUUCGCCUGAUUGAGGGCGUGAUGGAGAAGGCGUGCAGUGGGGAAGCGGCAGCCCCGUCGCAGUGGAGGAACCAGUACUCCGAUGGCACGUGCAGGGUGGCUGAGGAGGUGCUGAAGGCAUCUGAGGUGGUUCUGGACAAGGACCAGCUGGACCCCAGUGAGUGGACUCCGGACGGAGGUCUUCUGAGUCUGUACAUUGCGCUGCGAGGACUGACAAUGCUGCUGCGCCCCUGAUUGCGUUGUGCUGGAUAUUUGCCGAGGGAGAACUACUGUUCAUCAUCAUCAUCAUCAUAAAAACAGUCAACGUAAUGACUCAUUAUGAUCAGUCAUCACACUAACCGUGCUCCUUAAAAAGCCUUAGGGCGGUGAUAUAUUUAGAUCUUGAGCUUUCGUUAUUUAAUCCUUUUCUCACAGCAGAUUAGUCUGUCUCUGAAACGUCUGACAUUUUAUCCGCUGGUUGUCCUAAAUGUUUUGUAGCACUUGGAGUGAAUUAUCUCUCUUGCUUUAAUCUAACAAAAUAUAUAAUAAGAGACGGUCCCCAAGUUACGAUUUUUCGACUUCGCAAUAGUACGAUAGCAAUACGCAUUCAGUGGAAACCGUACUCCGAAUUUUUAAUUUAGAUCCCCCCCCACGUGCAACAUGCGGUACAAUACUCUCUCGUGAUGCUGGGCAGCGGCAGUGAUCCGCAUUUCCCAGUCUGCCACGCGGUGUAUAAUGCAUACAAUAAUAAUGCAUAUAUGUAUGCAUACAAUUGAUACUCUACAGUGUUGUAUGUUUCCCAGUGUUUUUCUUUUUUUUUUUUUUUGGACACCCCCUCCCCCCAUAUCUACGUUGUUUUGUGCGUCCAUCAUGUGUAUGAAAUGCCCACCCGUGUCUGCUGCUACUGGUGGGAAGAAGAAGGGGAAGAAAAUUACUCUUGAAGAGAAACUCAAGAUAAAUGCCCAGUGUGGAGGAAACAAGCCCGUAAUGGCCAUCGCACGUGAACUUGGACUUGUGCAAUCGACGAUCUUGAUCAUCUUAAAGGAUAAGAAGCGAUUAUGUUUGGUAGGUUAGGUCUAUUAAAUGCAUUUUCGACUUGCGUUACGUUCCGAUAAACCCAUCGCGUCAUAAGUCGGGGACCGUCUGUAUAACCAAAGACUUGAAAAUCACUUUUGAAAAUAGACUCUAAAUCCUCUUGUGUUUGACCGUCUACGACUAUUUUAAUAGCCUGGAAUCACAAAUUUCUUGGUUUUUGUCUCUGUCCACCUUUUCCAUGUAGUAAUGGUCACGCUUCCUGUCCACAUUUGUCAGCGUUUUCCAUUUUUAUUCUGUGCUUCAUAAUUUUGCACUUUGUUUAUAUUGUUCUCCCUCUAGUUGUUUAUGAUUUUUUUUUUUUUUUUUUUCCUGUUCCCCCUGUUGAUUAAAGCAGCUGUAUGGUACAUUUUUAUGUAAAUACAGUCAGUGUCAUAUUCUUUCGGUUAACUGCUCCUUGUCCCAAACCUGUCCCGACCCAAACACUGCUUCUCACCUUGGUGCACUGAAGACGGAAUUCCGCCUUUAUAGCAUUUUUAAUUUGCUAUAAUAUAAUUUAACAAUAAUCUUUAUAGUUAUGUUCAGUUUGUGGUGUAUUUGUUUGGGGGGGAAAAAAAUAAUCCAGUAGUAUAUUAGGUGAGUUAUAUGUACAAUAGGGGUCACCUUUGUCCCUGAACUCCUCCAUUCACACUCCUUGUGUAAAUAUUUAAUCCUUUUUUACAGAGGGUUUGUGAUACUGCCUUUUAUCUUCUUGUUUUAAAAAAAAAAAAAAAAAAAAAAAUUUGA